GGGUUCCCAAGAUCAUCGCACUGUGAUGACGUCAUGACUCACUAGACACCGGAGAGGUCUACUUCUCGCAUUGCAUUCUGGGGGAAACAUGGCGCUGUCCAUGUAAAGGUGGCAAUAAAGUGUCAAAUGUAGCAGCUGACCGAAACAGUAACCAUGCCUAAAUAUUAUGAGGAGAAAGAGGAGGAUGGGCAUCCCUGUGCUGGGGUGAAGGAGGACCUCAAGAGCUGCCUGCUGGAGAGUGCCUGUGUGCUGGAAGGAAAGACCCCCAAGGAGUGUCUGAGGGAAGGCUACUGCAAGGCUCUGCAGGUCACCUUCUUUGAGUGUAAAAGAUCAAUAUUGGACAACAGAGCACGAUUUCGUGGAAGGAAGGGCUACUGAAGUGAGGAAGAUAAUGGGGUAUCCUGGCUCCAAUCAGAAGAGUUCUCUUGUUGUAUAGGUUCCGCACUGUGAAGAUAUGUACCACAAUGCCGCUCCUUCUGGAAUGGAGAGAAGAGCAUUAUUAAAAAUAGUUGUUAAGUUUAAUAAUCAAUUCUUCUUAA